AUAAAGAGGCCAAACAUUGGAGAAGAAAUCGGAGUUUUGUCUCUUUCAAUCUCCCACCUCAAGAUUUUGAGGCUCCAGAGGAACCGAGACAUUCUCCUCUAUCUUCGGGGCUUCUUCUUCUCCCAUCUCAGCUUCACGUUUCUCAUUUCUCACUCCUCAUUUCUCAGCAUUCCAUGGCAGCUUCCACUUCCAAUGCCGUUCUUCUCGGAGAUGUCUACUUUGACGAAGUCACCGCCAAGCCCUCCGGCGUUCGCUUCCGGGACAGGACGCGCCGCGCCGCUUUGCGAGCUACCGUCAAUCUCACAAGAUUGCAACCCUUGAACAGUCUUUUGAACUUCGGGUGCUCCACCUCCAAUUCAACUUGGAGGAGUUGGAAUCCGAGCUCGCUCCUUGUUGGAACCAAGCGCUCCUCCUUUCCUUGCUGCUCCGCCGAUACAGCGCCUCAUGUUCAACACCUUUCCUCCUCCACAUUUUCACUCGACCAAACAAAUUUUGGUCCUGAGAAGUUGAAGUUGUUUUCGGGGUCAUGUUACCUACCACAUCCGGAUAAGGAGGACUAUGGUGGAGAGGAUGCACAUUUUAUUUGCGUAGAUGAACAAACAAUUGGUGUUGCAGAUGGUGUAGGUGGCUGGGCAGAUGUUGGUGUUAAUGCUGGACUGUUUGCUCAAGAACUCAUGUCCCAUUCUGUUAGAGCAGUUGAAGAGGAACCAAAAGGUUCUGUUGAUCCCGCGAGUGUUUUAGAGAAGGCUCACUCAUUUACAAAGGCCAAGGGUUCAUCAACAGCUUGUAUCAUUUCCCUUAGUGAUACGGGACUGCAUGCCAUUAAUUUAGGUGACAGUGGGUUCAUUGUGAUUAGAGAUGGAUGCACCAUUUUCAGGUCCCCUGUUCAACAGCAUGACUUCAAUUUUACGUAUCAACUGGAGAGUGGCAAUGGAUGUGAUCUACCCAGCUCUGGUGAGGUAUGUUGUCACUAAUUUCACACAUGAUUUACUUCUAAGGACAUUACAUUGGCAAUAUGGAAAUUU